GUUUUUUGCGUUUUAAGUCCAGAGUUCAGUCUCGCCUUCUCUCUCCACUCCUUAACCUUCGUCCCUUGUUGGUUCUCAGAUUUCUCUCUUUGAAAUCGGGGGCAAUGUCAGACAGCGAGAAGUCAAUUCGUUGGGGAUCUUUACCUGAUGAGAUUCUUACCCAUAUUUUCACUUUCCUACCUAUCAAAUCCAUUAUCAUCUGUACCUCUGUCUCCAAAACCUGGAAAUCCCUAAUCCAAAACCCUACUUUCAUUCCCACCCAUCUCCGCCACUCCCACAACAAAAACCAAAACCUCUUCCUCCUCUUAAGCCUCUCACGGAAUGACAAACAAGUCUACACAUUGCAUAAAGAAGACGAUCCUGAUUUCAUUGUAUACACCAGCUUUGAAUCCCCUUUCCAUGCUCCUCAGCACGGAACAUACAAUGCCCGCGGUACUUGUAACGGCCUGAUAUGCCUCUCCUAUAGUUUUCCCAAUCACGCUAAGGGAAUCAUUCUCUGGAACCCUUGCGUGAGAAAGUUUCUCCAACUUCCUUAUCCCAAUGUCACCGUCGACACACAUGGUGCGUCCUGCACGUCUUUUGGGUUUGGAUUUGAUCCAAAAACUAACGAUUAUAAAGUGGUCAGGAUUCUCUCCCUAUUGGGUAGUCCUUCGGACUUUGUAAAGUCUCGACCCGUGGUCGAAGUCUACUCACUCUCCACUGGUGAAUGGAGAAUGCUUAGUGCUUCUGCUUCUCUGCCUCCUAUGUGCGCUAUAAUUAGUUCUGUGCCACCGGCAUUUGCCAAUGGGGCACUGCAUUGGAUUGCUUUCACUAAUGAUAACAAACCGUUUGCUUUGGUGUUCGAUUUGGGGGACGAGGUCUUCCGCCAAAUUCUGCUGCCGGAACUUCCAGGGCAGAUGAUCUGGACUCGUCUUUCUGUAUAUGGAAAUUCCAUUGCUGGGUUUCAAAUAACGGUAGGGAUUGAUCAGAUGCCUCAGAUCAAUAUAUGGGUGAUGAAAGAGUAUGGUGUUGCAUCGUCAUGGACACCAUUUUUUACUGCUGAUUUUAAUUUCGGAGAGGCCUUUGUAAGGCCAAUAGGUUUUAGGAGGAAUGGGGAUGCUUUAUUCGUAUUUGGUGAAGGAAAACUUGUCUCUUGGAAUCCUGAGAGCAAAGAGUUUAAGUAUCUUAGGAUGAUUGGAGGUCACGGUACUUUUAUUGAUUCUUACAUUGAGAGUCUAGUUUUCCUUGACAAGGCCGCCAACGUUGCAGUUACAUACUAACGAAAGUAGAACUGGAUAAUAGCAACUUCGGAGUUUGGAGGGAGAAUAGAAAAUAGAGCAACUUUGGGAAGCGGAAUUGCCUCAUUGCUUUAAGCUUCUUCUUAAAGGGUUUAAAAUUCAAAUUGAAAGUACAUGAGCUGUCUUUCAUUUAAGCUCAAAGUUCAGGAGCCGCAAUCAUGCUUUAUGCCCCCCCAUUCUUGUAAACACUCUCAUGAAGCUCUCUAGCCCUCUAUCAUAUUCUAUCCAAACAUGAUAUAUUAUAGUUGCUUAAGCCAUUCUAUUUUAGCUACUUUUUUUU